GGAGUUUCGCUUGCGCCUCGUCUCUAUGUACCGCAUGCAGGCAAUGAAAUAUACGACGGAACAACAUGCGAAUGGCAUACCCUCGCGGAGAAUAUGUCGCCGCGAAUACUAAAGCUGCAUCCUCUCGCAGCUUGCUCUCCAAAUCCCCCACAACCACUGCGAUCAGCCUUAACACGCUGACAUCACAUAGGUUCUAGACAUGCUGGGCGGACAUGUUUUAGCACUGGAAGUGAUUGCUGGCCAAAAUCUGAUCGUUCCAUCUAAUCGCACGCCAGCAGGCCAUUAUGUCCUUGUCUCCACCUCCUAUGGUCAGUGGAACACUGCCAUCAAGCCCGCAAUGGCCGACUGUGGUGUUUCUUGGAAUGAGAUCCUUACAAUCUGUGGAAGCCCGCUAAUGUUUCCCAUGUGGCUUAUGCCCAUCUUUUCCAGCUCCUCCAAAGAAGUACGCCUCGAAAUUCGCGCCUCAUUUGAGUGUGGCCAGAUGCUCGGUCGAGGCGAGCUUGUCGGUACAGUUGAGACAACUUUAGACCAACUGCUUGCGCAUGAUGGGCAGUCUGUAUCACUCCCGGCUGUUGAUAAUCAGCACGUAUCCCUUAAAUUGAAGGCACGUCGCAAAAAAAUACCGCACCAAGAUGCAGACGGUAUUAUGCAGCAUAAGAUCGCUCUCGAUACUGAUGCAGCACGCGAUGCAUACACGCUCUUUUGGAGGAGCAACCUUCGCGAGCAUUUCCAUAGCGCCAUUGAGGGUUUUCAGGCAGUGCUUGACCAAUGUCCCCAUGAUCAUGCCCACCGCGCCGCAGCACUCUCCAAUCUCGCCCAUGCCAUUCUAUGUGGUUUCGCCAAGUCCAUCGACAAUGACAUUGACCGCGCGAUUCACCUUUUCCGCUCCGCACUCACACUCCGUCCCCGAGGACACGUCGAUCAUCCGCUAUCCAUCCUCGAUCUUUGCCAUGCUCUCUGCAAGCGUCACUCCUAUCAAAAGGACCAUACCGAUCUCCGUGAGGCUGCUGAUCUUUACCGCUCUGUUCUACCGCUUUGUAUCGAGGGCAGCCAUCUCCAUCGAGUAGUAUUUGGUACCAACGGCAUACCAUAUGUCAUCGAGCAGUGCAACGCACUUCCCAGUGAUCCUUCGGACGAGAGUAUAUCGCUCCGGCGAAUUGUGCUCGAGCUUUGUCCGCCGCGACACCCACGCCGUGCACACUCACUAGACAAGCUUGCUGGAGACCUCUAUGCACGCUUUGAACGAGACGGCAAUAAAGACCAUUUCUAUGAGGCUAUCUAUCUGUCACGUGAAGCACUGGCAGUAUGUCGUGCUGAUGAAGAUCAACUUAGUGCUCUCCCCGGCAUUUUAUCGGACACUCUCGGGCACCGCUUUAAUCACCACGGCGAUCCUUCUGACCUAUACGAGAGAAUAGCACUUGAUACUCACCUAGAGGCAGUCGACUUGCGCUCGUCUGCUUCGAGUCGACGCGGCAUAACGGCCCCAGAACAGGGACAACAACCUUCGCCGCCACCACCACCUCGCCCACUUCGCCCACAGGCAUCAACGAGCAAAACCCGGCCACUCGAAAGAAAUGUUGUCAUCUUCGGCGACAGUGGCUCCGGUAAAAGUUCAGUCAUCAAUGCAAUCGCGCAAACACAACUAGCGAAGACAUCCAGCAGUGCAACCGGAUGCACGUUUGCCUAUGAGCGCCAUAGAGUCGAAAUUUCCGGCCAGACGUUUGUCCUAUUCGACACUGCGGGUCUCAAUGAGGGCACUGCAGGUACGGUGCCGGCGGCAAAGGCGGAAGAAAACUUGAAGAGCUUGCUGCAAGAACUCAUGAGCCCUAAAUCAGAUGGAAUCGGCCUUCUGGUAUACUGCGUGCGCAGCACGAGAGCCCGUCGCGCUCUUAUUCGGAACUACAACAUUUUUUACUCUGCUAUCUGCCGAAAAAAGGUCCCAAUUGUCGUCGUCGUCACAGGAUUAGAGAACGAGCUGGACAUGGAGAGCUGGUGGGAUGCCAACGGGAAGGAAUUCAAAAGUCGUGGUAUGCAUUUCGAAGACCAUGCAUGCGUCACAACGCUGCGCAAACACUCAGGCAUCUCAGAUGUAUUCACCCGUCGCAUUGACGAAUCUUCCGAAGCUCUGCGCAAUCUUCUCGUCAACAAUUGCUCGGAUUGGGUGGUUGACGAUGGCUGGUUCAAGCAGUCUUUUACUGCUGUGCGAAACUUGAUCAGCGACAGCGGAAAUAGCGAAAGGUCUUUGCCGUCCACUCUCAUCAUUUGUGAUCCAUCUCGAAGCGAAGACGUCGAGAUCGCACACUGCAUCCGUGGUACCUUGAGGCCCUACUUUGUGCGCAUCGGUGGGGACACCUACCAGGUCCACCGUGUUCCUGCACCGGAUUCUUCAUCUUUAAAUGCCGACAAGAGGCCUGAAGGGGAUCUUCUCAUAUACUACGCUCGCGCUGACGAGCUUUCUGCAGCUCGUCAGAAGUUCUACUCAUUUUGUACUGCAUACCGGGGGAACGUGGUGCCGGUCGUCGUCGUGGUCAAAGGACUGGAUGAUCGCCAAGCGGCCAACCAGUGGGUCGAGAAACAUAUCACGUAUGAUGGAGCCGGACGUCUAUUCUCAACAUUUGCUCCAGCUGAAGAACUCGGGGAUGAUUCUUUGAAGCAACAGGCAGAACAGGAGUUACAGGAUCUCAUUCGACAGGCCUCUCUCAUUCGUAGCGAGAGAAAAGUCAGAGGGAAACCGAAAAGACUUGCACGUCGAAACCGAUUUUGAGCGGACGAGUUACUGUGGAAGAUGAUAAUUAUUCUAAUUUAACUGACAUUAAUGAGGCGUGGAACGCCGGAUACUCUAGUAUUACUCUAGUACUUGUGUGG